GGAAACGCAACGGGUAUGAACGAUCAGCAUCUAAUGUCCUUUCCUACUGUCACAAAAAUACCUUGUAAUAGAAAGAGAUAGAAGAAAACCAUAUCAUGGAAAGAACUCCGCCUCCCUGAAGCCAAUCCCGAAGCAAGCCGCACACGAAACUAUUUAACCUCUAAAAAUGGCUGAUUUUGACGACGAUUUGUUUGAUGCAUUUGAAGAAACCACAGAAAAUACUCUUUCUAUUAUACCGACGACCAAAUCUAAUUCUGAUGGAAAAACAAAUACAAACACAAGACUUUCGGACUCACAACCUGCACUUAAGCGAGAAAUUGAAGAGAAUAAUGUACCCAGCUCAUCUAAAAAGCAGAAAACAGAGGAUCCUUUACUGGAAGACAUCAACUUGGACGCAUUAUCAACACGUAUCACAAUACAUACGAUAGAUACAAUCGAAUCAUGUACCCACGAAGUUGCAGUGCCCCCCGGGCACAAUUACGUUCCCUUGGAAGUUCCCAAAACUCAGCCGGCAAAGGAAUACAAAUUUGUCUUGGACCCUUUUCAAAAAGAAGCAAUUCUCUGUAUUGAAAAUAAUCAGUCAGUUUUAGUAUCAGCUCACACGUCUGCUGGCAAAACCGUCGUUGCUGAAUAUGCAAUUGCGUGUUCCUUGAGGGAUAAGCAGAGGGUAAUAUACACAACACCUAUUAAAGCCCUAAGUAAUCAAAAGUACAGAGAAUUUUAUGAAGAAUUCAAAGACGUUGGACUUGUCACUGGAGAUGUAACGAUCAACCCAACAGCAAGCAUUCUGAUCAUGACCACAGAAAUUUUGAGAAAUAUGCUCUACAGAGGAUCAGAAGUGAUGCGUGAAGUUGGUUGGGUGAUCUUUGACGAAAUUCACUACAUGCGGGACAAGGAGAGAGGCGUCGUUUGGGAGGAAACUCUCAUUCUGCUUCCAGAUAAUGUGCAUUACGUCUUCCUCUCUGCUACGAUUCCAAACGCCCGACAGUUUUGCGAAUGGGUUGCACAUUUACAUCACCAACCUUGUCAUGUAGUUUACACAGAUUACAGACCAACUCCUUUGCAACAUUAUAUAUUCCCAGUUGGUGGUGAUGGAAUUCAUUUAGUUGUAGAUGAAGCGGGUCAAUUCAAGGAGGACAAUUUUAACAGAGCAAUGGCUGGUCUCCAGGGUGAAGCCGCAAAAGGCGACACCAAAGGGCGCAAAGGCGGUCUCAAGAAAAACAAUGCUGGACAAUCGAAUAUUUUCCAAAUGGUCAAGAUGAUCAUGGAGCGAAAUUUUGCGCCAGUGAUUAUUUUCAGUUUCUCCAAGAAGGAUUGCGAGAUCUACGCGAUGCAGUUGGCCAAACUGGAUUUGAACACACUCGAGGAGAAAAAAUUAGUCGAUGAAGUGUUCAACAAUGCAAUGGAUGUUCUGAGCGAGGAGGACAGAAGUUUACCACAAGUUGAAAAUGUGCUUCCUCUUUUAAGGCGCGGUAUUGGAAUUCAUCACGGUGGACUUCUUCCAAUUUUAAAAGAAACAGUCGAGAUUUUAUUCGGCGAGGGUUUAAUCAAAGCACUUUUCGCUACUGAGACCUUCGCCAUGGGUUUGAACAUGCCGGCGAGAACGGUCCUCUUCACGGCUCCUAGAAAAUUUGAUGGGAAGGAUUUUCGCUGGAUCACAUCUGGGGAAUAUAUUCAAAUGGCUGGGCGUGCCGGAAGAAGAGGUUUGGACGAAAAGGGAAUUGUGAUUCUCAUGAUUGACGAGCAGGUUAGUCCAAGUGUGGGAAAGGAUAUUGUGCAAGGAAAGCCCGAUCCUAUUAAUUCGGCGUUUCAUCUCACCUAUAAUAUGGUUUUAAAUCUUCUACGAGUGGAAGAAAUUAAUCCAGAGUAUAUGCUCGAGCGAAGUUUUUAUCAGUUUCAAAAUCAGGCCUGCAUUCCGGAAUUGUACAAUAAGGUGAAGAAAUUGCAGGUGGAGUACGAUGCGAUCGUAAUGGAUAAGUAUGAUUUACUUUCCUCCUAUCACGAUAUACGAGAACAACUCGAUAGACUCGGCACCGAUUUCAGGGCAUAUCUGACGAAGCCAGAAUAUUUAUUACCAUUUUUACAACCUGGGAGGAUGGUCAAGGUUAAAAAUGAGAAAGACACAUUCGAGUGGGGAAUAAUUGUAAACUUUCGAAAAAAGAAUGCGAAUAAUCCAAAGGAGGAGACAGUCAUCAUCAUCGACAUAUUGCUCCACGUGUCGAAAGACUCCACCGAUUUAGUUCCAAUUCCAUGCCAAGAGGGAGAGGAUGGAGAAAUAGAAGUUGUACCUGUCUUGCAUAAAUUAAUAUCCCAAAUUAGCUCACUUAGACUCUAUUAUCCAAAUGACUUGAGGCCCGCUGACAACAGAAAGAGCGUCCUUAAAACAAUUCAGGAAGUGAAGAAGAGAUUCCCUGAUGGUCCGCCACUCCUGAAUCCUGUAACAGACAUGAAAAUCGACGACCCGAACUUUAAGGACAUCAUCAAACGAAUCGAAGUCUUGGAGGAAAGGUUAUAUGCUCAUCCAAUUCACAAGGACCCUCAAGUGGAUGAACUCUACGAAGAAUUCCUGCAUAAGGAGGAAUUGGGCAAACAGCUGCAAGAGGCAACGGACGAACUGAAAAAGGCCAAAUCUGUUCUGCAAAUGGACGAACUAAAGAGUAGGAAGAGGGUUCUUCGAAGGAUGGCCUAUUGUACAGCGGCUGAUGUUAUAGAAUUAAAGGGUCGUGUCGCCUGCGAAUUAAACGGUGCUGAUGAAUUAUUGAUGACUGAAAUGAUGUUCAAUGGACUCUUCAAUGCGCUGAGUGUUCCGCAGAUGGUAGCAUUAAUUAGUUGUUUUGUGUGUGAUGAGAAGUCAAACGAAAUGCCGAAAAGUACGGAGGAACUGAGCGGCCCGCUGAGACAGAUGCAGGAUUUGGCUCGACGAAUAGCUAAAGUUACCACAGAAGCGAAUUUGUUGUUGGAUGAGGACUCGUAUGUUGAGAGGUUUAAACCUUUCUUGAUGGAUGUACUCUAUGCCUGGUGCAAGGGCGCCAGUUUUCUACAAAUUUGCAAAAUGACCGACAUUUUCGAAGGUUCCAUUAUACGUUGCAUGCGACGUUUGGAAGAAGUUCUGCGGCAGCUUUGCCAAGCAGCGAAGAAUAUUGGAAAUACAGAUUUGGAAAAUAAAUUUAGUGAAGCAAUUAAACUCAUUAAAAGGGAUAUAGUUUUCGCCGCGUCUUUAUAUUUAUAAAAGGACCGCCUCAUUUUUGUACAUUGCGCGUUGUUGAGUACGAGACAUAAUUUUCUAAUUUAGUAUCAAACAACGUAGUCUUCUUUUAUUAAAUUAUUUCCACGACUAAUUUAUUUCUCGAAAUUUGAACAUACAUUGUACGUGGAUAUAAAGAACUAUUUUUUUACAAAAGUGAACUACAUCUGCCGCACGAUGUCCGAGUAUGAAAAGUGUACAGCAUACAAAUGUAAUUGCUGAAACGGGCAAGCCCUAAGGAUCGUUUGACUAUCUGAAAAUUAUUAUUAUUAAAUAAAUACAAUUUUACGAAUCA